AUGACAACAUAUGGCACUAUACCAUCCCAAGCAAAUGCCUCGUCGAAUGUGAGCGUAUUGGGACGAGCCAAAGAGUUGAUUUCAUUAGGCCUUAGCUCUCAAAGGCCAUGGCUUGAACUUGUUCAAUGUAGUGCCUUUAGCCUUCCUGUCUCAUUCAAUGUUGCCACCGAACGAAUCAAAACCAACAUCACGAUCUUCCGAAGCAACUAUAUUGUCAUCUUCAUUGUUGCUAUCUUCAUCAGCUUUCUCUGGCAACCGUUCCACCUUUUCGUCGUCUUUAUCUUGAUAAUCGCAUGGCUAUAUGUCUACUCCCGGGAUAACGAACCGCUGCUGAUAUUUGGCAGUGUCAUCGAUGAUUCUGCUAUGGUGCUGGUUCUGAUAGUCCUCACGAUCUGUAUAUUUCUGUUAACCGACACAUCCCGUGGCAUUCUGAUCGGGGUUUUGGCUGGUUUGCCCGUUGUUCUGCUUCAUGGCAUGUGUAGGAACACAGAGGCGUUGUUCGUUUUGGAUGAUGAUGAAGAGAAGGUGAUAACGACAGGAGCAUCUUCGUCGCUUCCUUCUUCCUCUUAG